AUGUCUACUACAGUUGAAAAGAUUAAGGCCAUCGAAGAUGAAAUGGCCCGUACCCAAAAGAACAAGGCUACGUCCUUUCAUUUGGGUCAAUUAAAGGCCAAACUGGCCAAGUUGAGGAGAGAACUGUUAACUAGCGCAGCAUCUAGUGGUGGUGGUGGCGCAGGUAUAGGGUUUGAUGUGGCUAGGACCGGUGUAGCGAGUGUGGGAUUUGUCGGGUUCCCGUCGGUGGGUAAAUCUACAUUACUGUCCAAGUUAACGGGUACUGAGUCUGAAGCUGCAGAAUAUGAGUUUACCACGUUGGUCACCGUUCCAGGUGUCAUCCGUUAUAAAGGUGCCAAGAUUCAAAUGUUGGAUUUGCCGGGUAUCAUUGACGGAGCCAAAGAUGGUAGGGGUAGAGGUAAGCAGGUCAUUGCCGUGGCAAGAACCUGCAACCUGUUAUUCAUCAUUUUGGAUGUGAACAAACCUUUGCAUCACAAGCAGAUCAUUGAGAAGGAACUGGAAGGUGUGGGGAUUCGUCUAAAUAAAACUCCUCCUGAUAUUUUAAUCAAAAAGAAAGAAAAAGGUGGUAUUUCCAUCACCAACACAGUUCCAAUGACCCAUUUGGGGAAUGACGAAAUUAGAGCCGUUAUGGGCGAAUACAGAAUAAAUAGUGCUGAGAUUGCCUUCAGAUGUGAUGCUACCGUGGAUGAUUUGAUUGACGUAUUGGAAGCUCAGUCAAGGAGGUACAUGCCUGCCAUUUAUGUCUUAAAUAAGAUUGACUCCCUUUCAAUAGAAGAAUUAGAGUUACUUUACAGAAUCCCAAAUGCGGUGCCCAUUUCAUCCGGUCAGGAUUGGAACUUAGAUGAACUGCUACAAGUUAUGUGGGACAGGUUAAACUUAGUUCGUAUCUAUACUAAACCAAAAGGCCAAAUACCGGAUUUCACUGACCCUGUAGUUCUAAGGUCAGAUCGUUGUAGUGUCAAAGAUUUUUGUAACCAAAUUCAUAAAUCUCUGGUGGACGAUUUCAGAAACGCUUUGGUCUACGGUAGUAGUGUCAAACACCAACCUCAAUACGUGGGGUUAAAUCACAUUUUGGAAGACGAAGAUGUUGUUACCAUCUUGAAGAAAUGA